GCUCGCGGCUCGGCAGAUGCGCGGCAAACGGCGCCGAGUGAGCAGCCUCCCAUUCAUUCUCGCGAGAUCGCCCGGCGGUACGAACGGUACGGUGCUCCCUGGGACGCGUUACGAAUGACGUGCGACGGAGACGCGAGCGUGAAUCCCUGACGAGCGCGGAGACGAGUCUCGUCGGCGUCGAAGCGCGGCGCUUCAUCUCGCCCUCGGUGUUGGAUUGUGUUGUUCGAAGGGAAGAGGAGGAUCGAGAAAGAGAGAGCGAGAAGGGAGGAGUGCAACCGGGUGCGACCUUGCCCUCGACCAGCUGCCGGAGAGCGCGAGCAUCACGAACGUACAGUUAAGAAAUAAUCACCGAAAAUGACUUGCGUGUCGCAGUGCGCCAAGUAUUUCCUCUGCUUCUUCAACUUCGUCUUCUUCAUCGCCGGAGGAGCGGCACUGACUGUCGGGAUAUGGCUGUUCGUCGACAGGAGCUCGUUCACCAAUCUCAUCGGGAAACUCGAUCAAUCGGACUUUCUGAACCAAACGGACGCCGAUGUUAUCCAGAUGAUCGCCUACAUUCUUAUCCUCGCCGGUGCUCUCACAUUCAUCAUCAGUUUCCUCGGGUAUUGCGGCGCUAUGUUCGAGUCCAGGUGCCUCCUCUGUGUCUACGGCAUUCUAAUCUUGCUGGUUUUAAUCCUGGAGUGUGUGGUAGUCGGCCUCGCUUUUGGACUUAAAGGAGACGUCGAGAAAGGUACGCAGGAUUUCUUGAAGUCGACCAUCGCCAAGUACUAUGCGUCCAGCGGUGAUAAAGCUGACACGGUGACAGUCGCGUGGGACGGUAUCAUGAGCAAGCUCCAUUGUUGCGGCGUGGAAAAUUUUCGAGACUUCAGUGAGAACAGGAACUGGACUAUAACCGGAAAAACGGUCCCCGAUGCUUGCUGUAUAAAAGAAAACGAUGUUCUGAAGGAUCCUACGUGUCCAAUUAAUCCCACCGCGUCUAACUCAUACUAUCAAACGGGUUGCUACCAGGCCAUGAUGACCGCCAUCGAGGAGAACGCGGCGAUAGUGAUCGGUGUGGCCGCUACCCUGGUCUUUGUCGAGGUCCUGGUCAUUAUCCUGGCGUUGUACCUAGCCUGCUGUUACUGGCGUCCACAACAUGUUUAUCGAUGCGUAGAACCUUCUGGCAAGGAGUAACCUCGAGAGCAGAAUGUGCUAAGCUUUCUGCCAGCAGUUCUUUUGAACGCAGUUCUUUUUCCUUUAAGGACUCCGCGAAUAUAUACCUCGAUUGUGUUUGUACGUGUAUAUUUAAUAUACGUAUAUAACACACAAUGUACCUAUGUAUACAUGCAUAUAUAUUGUAUAUAUACACAUACAUAUAAAUAUAUGUAUAUGCAUAUAUGUAGGUACAUGCUUUCGUGUACUUUCCAACGCAAUGGCGACGCAAGUUGAAUCCGAUGGCAUCGUAUCGCAUCAUGCGCUUCGGCCGCAUUCAGUUUCAGAGCUAUAACUUCACGAGAAUCGAAGGGUUGCGGAUGAAAAAACGAUUUAACGUUACACCCAAUCGAUGGGAGAGAGGGAUCGCUGAUCGCGAUCGCUUUCACGAGUACUACUGCGAGCCCUUCGAUCGCUCGCAUGUUAACGUACGAAUUUCAGCGGAAAUCGCGUUGAGCGGAAAGCGCACAGAGGAUUUCAUGAUCUUUGUCGAUGUGAAAGCUUUAAAGUUAGCAUGUGCCAAAAUUACGUCAAUCGCGGAAUCGGUCGCGAGUUGUCAAGCGUUUUACUUUGACACUAAAGUGCCAAUGUACAUAUGUAAACGCCAUUCGCUUUCACCGAGAUUAUUAACGUGGAAUGUAUGUCGUAGUGGACACCGCGAGCAAAUCGUUUUGUCGUUCGUGUUGGAAAAACUUUCCUUUCUGAAAACAAAGAGGCCGAAUGAAGGAAACACGUUUUCGACGUAAACGUCACGCGGACGAAAAUAUUUGGAGAUUCUUUUUAUAUUCCGCGCGUUGUUAUUAUAAUACUCGUCUCUAUCCGCUCAACGCCCGCUUGAACGAUCUGUAUCAACAUUUGUAUUUCAAAUAUCUCGUCAUUGCCUUGUAACGUGCUUACUCAAAAUGCUUUUGAAUUCGGGCGAAAUGACCAAUAUAAUGUACAUAUCGUACUAGAUUAUUCCUCGGCUGGCAUCUUUUGACGUCCAAGUUCUCGCACGAAGAACGUGAAAUGAACGUGAAAUAGCUAAAAAAAUUCGCGGUAAUAAAGUUCGUAUUUCGGUUACGAUCGCCCAUCGGGCAGCUUGCUUUCCCAGGAUUCUUGAACAUUCGUUCGAUCGCAUAGUUAUUUUCAAUAUCUCGCAUUCCGUCUUGUCAAUAUGAACAAAAAGAAAAAAACUAUCGCACGGUUUUCCAUAGCUUUUAUAAAUGACCGAGGUCGAUCGGUCAGUGAAAGUGUUGUUGAGUGCAGCACAAUUUCACGUUCGGGUUCCCCGACGGCGAGGUGAAUGCCUCGUCGCGGGUGCGAAGAGAUUACCGGUGUUACACACGCGCAUAUCCAUCUGAAAUCACAAUCCAUCCAUAUUAAAGUAGAACCUUUUUUCAAUUGGAAGGCAUUGACAAAUGGACGUUCUUUUAGCUUGUGUAGACGUAUCGUCGAGACAGGCCUGGUGAGGUGCUGAAGUAAGGAUGAUGAUUUUGAUGGGGUUUGCUUUCAAGUAAGACGGAGGUGAAGCUGUCAGUUGACAGCCGAUCCCUUCCUUGCUGCUGCUUCGCGCUGCAGCGUUUAGUUCUAUCAUCCAUUCUACUCUACAAGCGUUCUUUCGUGAAUUCUAUGAGGCAUGGUAGCUUUGCUCUCCACCCUUGCAUGGCCAUGCUGUUACAUAUUAUUUGACAGAGACAGAGAGCCAGAUGUACGGAGGCAGAAAGAAAGAAAAAGAGAGAGAGGCCCGAUUGCAUCGAUUACGUAGACGCACCUGUAACAGGUGCAGAGCGAUUAGUGUUGGUUUACUUUGAACAGGAGAUUUUAUAUGGAAUGGAUAUAUCAUGGAGCAGAAACGGCAUCUUGUGAUAAUGAAAAUUAGAAGUGUGCAUUAAUAGUACGAUCAUUAAUCAAAAAGUCAUUAUUUUCAUUGUUUUAGUAUCUAUAAAGCGUCCCUCGCCGAACGUCAUUUUUUCUAAAUCGCGGCCAAUUUUGAGUCGAUUUUUCCUUAAUGGAGAACCGAAAUUUAUCACAACUUUUCAAUCGUAUGUAUAUAUAUACAUAUAUACUAAUAUUAAUAUAUGUUCUUGUAACUGAGCUUUACAUUAAAAUACUAUUAAAAUACUAAUGAAAUUAACUCAAGAAUUUAAUUUUGUUAGCCAAAACGCUUUUCAUUCUUGAUCUCGACAUCUUUGUUAAGAGAAAAUCAGCUUAGAAUUGGUCAAGGAGAAUAAUUCAAAGAAAGUGUGUUCAGCGAGAGACAUUUUGUAUUAAUAAUGACGAAUUAUCAAAUGCAUAAAAUGAAUUAAAAGAAAUAAAGUAUGCAAAUGGGGAAAAAAAUGUAAAGUAGCAUAAUACGUAAUUAGACGUUUAAAUAUGUGCAAUUGUUGUUUCAUGUUUACAAUUAAUCUAAAUGACGUUAAUUAUUAUAAUUAGACAUUUUUCGAGUCUUGCAUAUAAAGACGUUGUUUAUCAAUUGUUUACGAAUUAGUUACGAAGCAACAACUAUGAUUGCUAAUAGACGAGGCCAAAAUUUAGAAAAUAUACGAGUCACUAAUCAAAGCGUUCCAUCCAUAAAUAAUGCACUUUCGUAAUUCAACUAAUACGAGUUUAAUAAUAGAUAUAAAUAUGAGUGCAGAGAGAUUUUGUUUUUGGAACGAAUUAUCAAAUGUAUUUUUGUCGAGCCAAACAAGUAUGCAAUUGGGCCUGUAAGUUUCAUUUAAGCUUCAGCGUGAAUUCAUUUGAGAUUUCACGGUGUUUACUCAACCGAACAGCUAUCGGCACGAGUUAUUAAACAUACGUAGCGAAAAUUCUACUCGGAAUUGUGGUACGCAAGUAACACAAACAUUUAACUGUUUCCUUUCUCCCUUCUCAUUAGUUAUAGUAGCUUAGUCAGCAAUCUAUUGUCUCAAUGUUGCAAACGCUAUACGGUACCUAACAGAUACAUCACAGAAACCGCAGGAUGAGGUGUCUCAUCUCACGUUUACAUAUGUAAAGAACACAAAACAAAAAUGCAUUAUUGUAAAUGGGACAACGUACAAUUUCGAGGAGAAGUCCACAUUACCUUCAUAAGAAAUCGAUAAUAUGUAUGUUAGUGUACUUUCAAUGUUUAACACACGCUGCUGUAUACGCAAAUCUGUACGUAUGCGCACCGAACACACGCGGAGGGCCAGAGCCAAAAAAUAGAAAGGCGCAAAAACAAAAAUAUUUCAAGACUGAGAUAAUUGAGAAACUAAAUUGUACGCACACACUGCAACGAUUUCAUGCGGACCUUACGAAUCGAAGAUAUCAUUUCCUUAGCGGGAUACGUGUAUAUAUAUUUAGAUAGAGUAUAUUUUUCUAGAGUUUCUCUGCGAUAUCUCGGCGCGUAUACAUUGUACAAGUGAAACGCGAAAGAAACUUCCGAUUCUUUGUUUAUUUCGACGAGAGUUAACCGACGAAUUGCACUGCAUUUUCGACAAUAUGAUCACGCGCGUCGCGUAACGCACGUGUCAGGUGUACCGAACCAGAAAUGCAAAAAAAAAAAAAACAGAUGAUGCACAAACAAUCUUACGCGUUUUCUUCCGUACCUGAACUUUUCUAGACUUAACAACGAUUUAACGCCCCAUGUGGCACGGAAGCUUUCGAUUCACGUCGCAGCAAACUGCGAUGCGAGGUAGACGUUCCAACAUUGUUGCAUUCCUGCAGCAACGUUGCUGCAUUCCUGCCGUACGUAUUUAGCGGUAUCGCAAUCUUCUCUCGCAAUGUUUCCGCCGCAAAUCUUCCGUGCCGCUUGGGGUACGGAACAAUGCAUAAACGUAUUGUUUGGACUGUUUGGGGGGGUCCACGUUAUUUCUAAUCGCGGACCGCGUGCUGUACUGUGUGCGACUAUCGACCUGACGAAGGUGAUUUCGUUCGUCGUUUUUUCCUUCUCCGGUGCCGGCGUGCGCGUACGUACACACACGAAGCCGACGGUAAUCUUAAUGCGGACGGUAGUUUUUACGAAUACUAUUUUACCAUCGCUACUAAUUGUUCAUGCCGCACAUUCUAGACAUUUUCGUUUCCAGUGUUAACUUGUUGGUGCUGCUGUUGACGAGGCAUUAAGAGCAUGGAACUGUUGAGUAGUGCCUCCUAGCACGUUGAGCCCUUAGUGCUCCUGUGCCUUGCUUGCUUGAAACUCUAGCUGCUAGCCCAGCCUAGGCUAGCCGAGAAGCCGACAGAAAACCCCCUUCACGCUUGAGUUGACGAAACGUUUCGGGAAUAAAAAAGAAAAAAAAACCAAAAACGAAAGAUCACAUUGGCAGUGACGUAGGAGAUACAUGGCUGGGCGUUACGCGUUUUUCUCGACGGAGAACUCAGGUCCGGAAUCCAUCAAUCUUAUAUAUUUUACGGUGCGUAAUAUAUAUGUAAGAUUGAUAAAGAUAUAUAUAUCUCGCGUUGCGUAUCGCAAGCGGUAUACGCAUGUAUAUACAUAUAUAUUACGAUACGAAGUAUCCCAAAACGUCACUGUAAAUCGCUAACGUUUCGUAGUUUUUCGCUAAGUGUUUGUAUAUUACGGAGGUACAAGCGUUUAAAAUGAUUGAGAAACGCGGCCGGGAUACCACCGUGGCCGUGCGGGUCCGACGAUGUGAAUCCCCAAUUCCCUUUCCUUUUCGUCCUCCGGCUCUUGGUCGUCCACAAGUUAACGCGGAUGAACGUUGAUAACGCGACAGUAGAUUGUACAUACGCGAUGUACGAUAUUACAAUAUUUUCGUAAAACGUUUUAGAUGCUUGUACUCACAACUUGGAAUACUCAUGAACACGCGAUGUUUCGUUCAUCUCUCAAAACUGAUAGUGGAACAUUCUAGAUACUCGAGAAUACUUUUCUGGCACAUUUUUUACAUUGUUUUAUUGCAUUUGGCAAAAAUGUUUGGUGGAAGCGCUUCUUAUAUGUAACACUUACUAAAAUAGUCUUGCACAAAGGUCACUGUUUCAGUAGCAUUCCGGCGGAAUAUAAGUCGGAGAGAUAACGAUUACGAAAUGCUAAUGAGCUGUUUGCUCGAGCCAUUAAAGAAAUAUUUACUUUGCGAGAGGAUGUUUUAUUUGAAGGAUUUAUUGGCGACGGAGACCGAAGAAGGCUUUUCUUUUCACGUAACAUUUACCGAUACAAAAUUUCAUGUGUGAUACGUUCCGACCUGAUAUAUGUGCUUCUAGCUUUAUAUUUUUCUUAUAUACAUAUAUAUGUACCUGAGUAAUUAAAAAUUGUCAGAUAUAUAUCAGAUGUAUAAUUGUCUGAGAAAUAGGAACGGCGCGUCAUUGCUGACAGCAAUAGAGAUCGGCGGGAGCAUUUUACACAUACGUAUACACUUUGUGAGCAAGUCACGAAGUCAGAGUUUAUAUUGAACGUUGAUUCUCUUUUCUUUAUCGAUUGCCGCGUAUGAAAAUGUGCUGCACAUCACUGUUCCCAUAAUAAAGGAAGUCAAAACAAAAUCAAACCUCCUUUUACCUCUGGCACGAAGUAUCGAAGCUAUGUCAAAAAGAAUAUUUUAUCGUACACAUUUAUGAAUCGUGUAACGUACAAUUAAUGACGAAUCGCUUGGAUAAGAGCGAUCCACGAGAUAUCGCACAGACUAAUUGGAGGAUUGAGAUUCUCAUUAACUCGUUUAGCUAAUAGUUUAAAAACUAUAUGAUAUAUAGUGAAAUGCUUGUUUUUACAUAAUGUGCAGUUUAAUUUAGAGAUGAAGAACACGUUUUUUGCAUGCAAUAUUGUGCACUAUGAAUAUUUAUAUUUAUUUUUAAACGUUCGCAUAGUGUGUCCGUCAAGUAUCUUAAAGAGUAAUGUAAAGGUUCUUUUUAUUGCAAUCUGAUCCCCUAACGUGAACCGCAAGUAUCGGUCCAGACGAGAGACCUUUCAACAAAUUAUUUUUCACUUAGUCACGAAAGAAAUAAAUUGAAGAAAAUAGUUUCGAAAUCAUAACGUCUUUUGUCCGUCGUUUCCUCGACGGAAAAUACAUCGACUUGCAUUUUCCUGCCCAACUAAAAUCAUUAAGUUCACAGAAUUGAGUUAAACAGGGAUAAAUAUUGCAAUGUAAACGACCUGAUCCUUAUAACGCUGUCUAAUAUGUAGUUCCAUAAUAUUGAAUGUAUAAAUUCCAGAAAAGCUAUUUAAGGUCAAGAAAAAAAAAGAAGACAACAGUAAAAAAACGAAAAGCCUAAGACACCAGUUUAGAAAUCUCACGUAGAAUUUGUGGAAGUCGAGUCAAGA